AUGCUACGAUCAAGGUUCUACUCCCCGGCCCGCUCUCCCCGAAUCCUCCCAUCAAACCAGAAAGAACCUAUUCUCGCAACGGUCGAGAGCUCAGCAUUUUUCCUUCGCGAUCACCGCACGGGCAACGAGAUCAUCGUUUUCGGCGACGUAGAGCCCGACUCCGUAUCCCUGGAAGGGCACAACAAGCUCGUAUGGGACACGGCAGCGCCCAAAAUCGCAGCCGGCACGCUGCGCGCAAUUUUCAUCGAAUGCUCCUACAAUGACAGCGUCGACGACGCAUACCUCUACGGACACAUGUGCCCGCGCCAUCUCGCUGCGGAACUCACCGUACUCGCAGCGAAGGUCGUCGACAUGCGCGAAUCAGCCGCGCAAACGGAUAAGAAGCGCAAACGCAGUGAGACGAGCGGCGCUGGCGAAAUUCCUGCCGAGCAAGUGAGUCCGAAGUCGAAGCGCUCGCAGAGCAAUGCUUCCGGGAUGAACGUGAACGUCAAUGCGAAUGGCUCUUCAAAAUCCCGCAAUAACUCCAUCAUCGACAAAGACAUGCCCGACGCAACAAUUGCCAUCAGUGCGAGGGCUGAAUCAUUCUCUCUGCCCGAUAGCCACGGUGCUGCUACUGCGGGUAAUUUGAUCCCUAGUUCCGCCAGCUGGGCGGAUUCAACCCCUCUCCCGCUGGCGGGACUGUCGAUUUAUAUUAUCCAUAUCAAGGAUCAUCUCACCGACGGGCCUCCGCCUGGGGAUCGGAUCUUGCGUGAGUUACGAGGGCACGGCGAGGCGGCAAGUUUGGGGUGUGAGUUCUUUAUUCCGGAUCCCUUGCAGGGGAUAUGGAUUUGA